GGCCCCAUGGCUGAGGAGGCCCCACAGGAGACAGGGCUGGGGGGCAGGGCUGCUCCCCAGGAUGACUUGGGCCUCCAGGACAGCGUGUUCUCCUCUGAAGGUGACAACAGCCUGUAUUUCACCUACAGUGGCCAGUCCAAUACCUUGGAGGUCCGAGAUCUCAGCUACCAGGUGGACAUAGCCUCCCAGGUGCCUUGGUUUAAGCAGCUGUCUCACUUCAGGAUGCCCUGGACAUCUCACAAGGCCUCUUGUGAGCUAGGCAUUCAGAAUCUGAGCUUCAAAGUGAGGAGUGGACAGAUGCUGGCCGUCAUAGGGAGCUCAGGCUGUGGGAGAGCCUCUUUGCUGGAUGUGAUCACCGGGCGAGGCCACGGCGGCAAGAUUAAGUCGGGCCAAAUCUGGAUCAACGGGCAGCACAGCACGCCCCAGCUGGUCAGGGAGUGCGUGGCCCACGUGCGCCAGCACGAUCAGCUGCUCCCCAACCUGACCGUCCGCGAGACCCUGGCUUUCGUUGCCCAGCUGCGCCUGCCCAGAGACUUCUCCCAGGCCCAGCGUGACAAAAGGGUGGACGACGUGAUCGCGGAGCUGCGGCUGCGCCAAUGCGCCAGCACGCUCAUAGGCAACUCCUACGUGCGGGGCGUGUCCGGAGGCGAGCGGCGCAGAGUCAGUAUCGCAGUGCAGCUGCUGUGGAACCCAGGAAUCCUCAUCCUGGAUGAGCCCACCUCUGGGCUCGACAGCUUCACGGCCCACAACCUGGUGAAAACCCUGUCCAGGCUGGCCAAAGGCAACAGGCUGGUGCUCAUCUCCAUCCACCAGCCUCGCUCCGAUAUCUUCAGGCUGUUUGAUUUGGUCCUCCUGAUGACGUCUGGCACCACCAUCUACUUGGGGGCAGCCCAGCACAUGGUCCAGUAUUUCACGGCAGCCGGCCACCCCUGUCCCCGCUACAGCAACCCUGCCGACUACUAUGUGGACUUGACCAGCAUCGACAGGCGAAGCAAAGAGCAGGAAGUGGCCACCAGGGAGAAGGCUCAGUCCCUUGCAGCCUUGUUUCAAGAAAGAAUACGUGGCUUCAAUGACUUUCUGUGGACAGUGGAGUCAAGGGAGCAGGGUGUGGGCACUUAUGUGCAGAGCCCGGCUUCCCCGAGGGACACCAACCCCUUACAGACUCCCACUAAGCUGCCUGGCCCUCUACAGCAGUUUGACACGCUGAUCCGUCGCCAGAUUUCCAACGACUUCCGAGACCUGCCAGCCCUCCUCAUUCACGGGGCAGAGGCCUGCUUGAUGUCCCUGAUCAUCGGGUUCCUCUACUAUGGCCAUGGAGCCGUCAAGCUCUCCUUCAUGGACACGGUGGCCCUCUUGUUCAUGAUUGGAGCUCUCGUCCCUUUCAACGUGAUCCUGGAUGUCAUUGCCAAAUGUCACUCGGAGAGGGCGCUGCUUUACUAUGAACUAGAAGAUGGGCUGUACACUGCGGAGCCAUAUUUCUUUGCCAAGAUCGUAGGGGAGCUUCCCGAGCACUGUGUCUAUAUCAUCAUCUAUGGGAUGCCUACCUACUGGCUGGCCGACCUGCGCCCGGGCCCCGAGCCCUUCCUGCUGCACUUCCUGCUGGUGUGGCUGGUGGUCUUCUGCUGCAGAACCAUGGCCCUGGCCACCGCCGCCCUGUUCCCCACCUUCCACAUGUCCUCCUUCUUCGGCAACGCUCUCUACAACUCCUUCUACCUCACUGGGGGCUUCAUGAUAAGCUUGGACAACCUGUGGACAGUGCCCGCGUGGAUUUCCAAGGUGUCCUUCCUCCGAUGGUGUUUUGAAGGGCUGAUGCAGAUCCAGUUUGGUGGGCACACGUAUCACCUGGCAGCUGGCAACAUCACCAUCCCUAUCCCGGGAGACAUGAUCCUCAACGCCAUGGGCCUGGGCUCAUACCCUCUCUACGCCAUCUACCUCUUCAUCAUAGGCAUCAGUGGUGGCUUCAUGGUCCUGUACUAUAUGUCCUUAAAGUUCAUCAAACAGAAGUCAAGUCAGGACUGGUGAUUCAUGCCCAGACUCCUGCCCGCCGGUGGGGGACUCGAGAAGGCCCUUCCCCUGCACUCCCUCCCAAGGAGACCCUUCCCAGGCACAAGGAGGACCGUGAGAACACAAAGCUCAGCUCCAUCCUGUCCACAGUGCUGCAGUGGCACAGGCUGGCCACAGGAUGGCA